AUGUCUGAUUACGGCGGUUACCCUCCUCCGGAGCAAUAUGGACACCCUACAGCGAGCAUGCACCCUUACAGACCAUCACAAAAUACAAGCAUAUACGACUCAUACCCGCCAAAUACAGGCAUAUAUUCACCACCACAAGACACAAUUUAUUCAACCUCAAACGCAAACCCCACCUCCUAUCCAGAUCCACCGGAACCUUCGACGUAUCUUGACAUAGAUACAGAGAAAAUUGUUCAUUAUGGUCAAGCUCCAGAAUAUCAACCUCGUCGUUACAAAACAAAGAAACGUGUAAAAUUACAUAACGGAAACUUUGUGACAGAAUGUCCCGUGCCCACAAAUUUAUUGCAAAGGGUUUCUAGGAAAGAUGAUAGAGAAUUUGCAUAUAUGAGGUAUACUGCUUGUACGUGUAAGCCUGAUGAUUUCGAUAAAAACAAUUAUACCCUUCGUCAACAACAUUUUGAUCCACCAAGACAAACUGAGUUAUUUAUAGUGUUAACUAUGUAUGAUGAAAGUGAAGUGGAUUUUGCUCGUACAUUUCAUGUAUCAGAUGGCCGUAAACAUAUUAAGCGACGUACAUUAGCUUAUUUAGCGGCUAUCGGUGUUUAUCAAGAUGGUGUUGCAAAAAAUCAUAUCGAGACCAUAAAUGAGGAUGGCGAAAGGGUGGAGAAAGAGGUUACUGCUCAUAUAUUUGAGUAUACAACUCAAAUUUCAAUUAACGCGGAGAUGAAAUCGGAAACCGAAAACGUUGUUCCCAUCCAAGUGCUUUUUUGUCUUAAAGAAAAAAAUGCUAAAAAGAUAAACUCACACCGUUGGUUCUUUAAUGCCUUUGGAAAACUUCUUAAUCCUAAUGUGUGUGUUCUUCUCGAUGUUGGUACAAAACCUGGUAGCACAUCGAUAUACCAUUUGUGGAAAUCAUUUGAUCUCAACUCUAACGUUGGUGGUGCUUGUGGCGAAAUUGUGGCAAUGAAAGGUCGAGCCUGUGGCAACCUUUUCAAUCCGAUAGUAGCCGCUCAAAAUUUUGAGUAUAAAAUGUCGAAUAUCUUGGAUAAGCCCCUUGAGUCCGUUUUUGGAUACAUCACCGUGUUGCCUGGAGCCUUUUCCGCUUAUC